AUGUGGGUCAGGCAGAUCACAUUGAUGGUGUUGAUAUCUACUACCUUCGCUUGUUACCUGUUUCCUAGUGACGUGCCGGAUCCGUGCCGUGGCGUGAUCUGCGGGCCAGGGGAGCUCUGCCGACCGACCUCAGAUGGACGGACCUACGUGUGUGAGUGCCCCCCUUCCUGUCCAAGCUAUGGAGACCACGAUGGUGCUCAGCCACUCUGCGCCAGUGACGCCCGGGACUAUAACGGCGAGUGCGAGAUGCGGAGGGCGGCUUGCGAGGCGAACACAAACAUAACUUUCAAAUAUUAUGGAAAGUGUGACCCUUGUGCAGGAGUAACCUGUCCCGAUCCAGAAGUUUGCCAACUGGACGACAAAAGAUCGCCGUCCUGCCGUUGUGCUGAGCCGUGUCCACUAGAGUUCUCCCCGGUUUGCGCGUCUGACGGAAAAACAUACUCCAACGAGUGUCAGAUGCACAGAGAGUCCUGUCGAGCUAGGAAACAGCUGAGGAUCAUUUUUAAAGGGCAAUGCAGUUCUGGAGUAAACCCUUGUGCGGAAGUUGAAUGUCGUCAUGGUGCAGAAUGCAGGGUGGAAGGUAGCGGAGCGGUCUGCGCAUGCCCACCUCCUUGUGAGCCCGUGUUACGACCGGUUUGCGGCUCAGAUGCGCGCACGCAUGACAGCGAGUGUGAGCUGCGUCGAGCCGCGUGUCUUCUCGGCAGAGAGUUAAACGUUCUUCAUGUGGGUGCUUGCGGCUCCAACGGCGUUUGCGCUGACCGCGUUUGUCCGCACGGUGGUGAGUGUGUGUCUUCAGGGGGCCGAGGGGUGUGUCGCUGUCCUCGCUGUUCCAAUGAGUUCGCACCAGUCUGUGGAUCAGACGGAAUAUCAUAUGGGAACCGCUGUAAGUUGCAGCUAGAAGCAUGCAGACAUCGUCGCGAUGUUCAAGUCCUGUACGAUGGACCUUGCAAUGGAUGUGAAAAUAAAAAAUGCGAAUUUUACGCUGUCUGUGAAAGCGAUGGUGUCUCGGAAGCCAGUUGCGUUUGCCCAAAACAUUGCGAGGACGGCACAGAAACAGAAGAGGUGUGUGGAAACGACAAUCAAACAUACAGCAGCGUUUGUUCCCUCCGUAACAAAGCUUGUCGGGAGAAAAAGCGUAUUCAUGUGAAACACAUGGGGUCUUGUGAAUCAUGCCAAAACGUCCAGUGCCCAAAUGGAAUGUGGUGUUCGCGGGGUAAGUGCGCAUGUUCGGGGCAUUGCGAGGGCGCCCCGCGUGAACCAGUCUGUUCAGACUCCCGGCACACUUACCCCAACGAGUGCUUGUUGCUGCAGGCCGCCUGCGAAGCCAGGAUGCGUGGUGAGACGUCUAUAAAGGUCGCUUAUUAUGGGGAGUGUACAGAGGCGCUCGACGAUAACGGUAAUGCAGGUACAACAAAUAAAACACACCUCAGUGACGUGGGGAACGAGAUCGUGGCUCACGGUACAGAAACGACGAACGAGGGUUCCGGCGCUGUGUGCGCAAGAGUUCAAUGCGCGUACGAGGCUACCUGCGCAGUGGACGGCAAUGGACAGCCGCGCUGCGCGUGCUUAUUCGACUGUGCUGCAGCUAGCGCCACCUCUGCUGCCCCGGUUUGCGCAUCAGAUCUGCGGCUGUACCCCAAUUUAUGUCACAUGAAGCUGGAGGCGUGUCGUCGACAGGAGGAUUUGAGAUUGAGACCCUUGGCGCUCUGUCGCGGCUUAGAGUUCCGACCCUGCGGUGACGAUGAGCCGCUGACUGACGCGGAAGGCAGACUAAUGGAUUGUGGUGGUGGACCCCAUCGAAAAGAUUGCCCAGUGGGAAGCUACUGCCACCAUACAGCGAAGGCAGCUAGAUGUUGUAAGAAAGACAAAGGAGUGAUAGAGAAGAAAGACUGCCAAGAGUCAUGGUAUGGCUGCUGUUCUGAUGGAGUAACUGCGGCCAAGGGACCAAGUGGUGCUGGCUGUCCAUCACAAUGCGGCUGUCAUCGACUUGGAUCCGAGAAUGAGCAGUGCGACAAUGAUGGACAGUGCACUUGUAGGCCAGGAGUUGGGGGUCAGAAGUGCGAUAGGUGUGAACCAGGAUAUUGGGGUUUACCACGUAUUGGAACGGGGCAUACUGGCUGUAUACCCUGUGGUUGUUCAGCGUUUGGAUCAGUACGUGAAGACUGUGAGCAAAUGACUGGACGCUGUGUGUGCAAACCUGGUAUUCAGGGUCAGAAAUGCACUGUCUGUUCCAACCAUGAGCACACUCUCGGUCCUAAUGGCUGCUUUGAUCCUGAGUCAACCCAGCUCCCGGCGACGAGUUGUGAACAUAUGACCUGCUACUUCGGCGCUUACUGUGUCGUGCGGAGUGGGUUAGCGACGUGCGAAUGUCCAGCUAUUGAUUGUUCGGGGAAAGAACAACCCGCAGUCUGCGGUAGCGAUGGUCGGACCUACCUCUCCACUUGCCAUUUACGCGCCCACGCAUGUCGAACACAAUCCGACACUGUAGUCCAAGCUUUUGGACCGUGCGGCGACGUACCCAACGUGAAGCGAGGUAGUCGGUCGAUCAAUGAUUUUGGCUCGAAACAGCGUAUACAGUACGCCGACGCUUCAGUAGACACCAGUGAUAGCGGCAAGCCAGAUAGUCCAGAACCCGAGUUGACCUGCAUAGACGUACUACCGCCAGCUGAUGUGGUUAUUAAGAACGACGUAACGAGUAGUUGCGGUAAGAAGGCUAAGAAUUAUUUCGACUACGACGAGUACGAGGGAGAGAAAGCGACGAACGACGUCGAAGAUGUGUAUCCCGUGAUUUACGACGAGUAUUUCUACGAGCACGAAAACACUUUGUACUCGGCUCCGUUGUUCGAUGGGCGGGCCCGAAUGACAGCGCGGUUGCUAUUACCGGCUAAACGUUUUGACAUAUGGGCCGAGGUGUCCGCCGUCUGCAGGAGAGGCAGUUUAAUGAGUGCCUCGGGCGUCAGGGAUUAUUUAUGGCUGGGUAUUUUGGACGGCAAGGUCGAAAUGCGUCUGGACGCGGGCAGCGGGCCCUUGGAACUUCGUUCUGGGAAAGUGAAUAUCGAUAACAGGUCGAAGUUAUUGGCGAGAAGAUACAAGAAGGACGCCAUGUUGAAUGUGGGCGGGGUCACUGCGAGGGGUACGACGCAGGGCAGGAUGAGCUCGCUGGAUGUGGACCCCUACAUCCAUAUUGGGCUGCCACCGUUAAAUGAUACUUUGUUAUCGAGCAUCGCGUUUCCCGGAUUCGUGGGAUGCGUACACCGCCUACGGGUGAAUGGCCGUGACGUCAUCCCCCCAUCCCGAGGCAUGUCUGUCUCCUCGCAUGGACUGCGUCCGUGCACACCGCAGAAUUUAGCCAACUUGGCCUGUCCAUGA